UCCGGGAGAGAACUUGUUCCGAAGAAGAAGAAAAAUGAUGAUGUCAAAAUCAUGUUUUUAACCUUUUUACCCAUUUAUGUUAAAUAUUUGACUUUGAUAUGGUACAUUAAUGGUCACUUUUGCCAAACAGCUCCAACAGACAGCUCAUUUGCCACUAUUGAUUUAAUUGUUAAACCUCAUUCUGGAGAAAAUGUGCAAGAUACACCAGUCAAGGAUACCUAUUCUACUUUAAGAAUGGAAUACAAUCAGGAGACAAAAUGGCCAAUUAUCAAUAUUGAAACACAAGCUCAACUACAUUUAACCCAGAUCAUAAUGAUGUGCAAUAUACUGAGAAAGAGAACACAAAGAACAGAUCAAAGAGUGUAUGAUAAUUGUUGUACAUAUCGUCAUAGUGAUAGUUUAGAACAAUUUUAUGAACUUUUUUGUUCUUUAUGUGUUCAGCAUUUUAAUGAUAUGCCACAGUUUAUUAAAGGCGUAUGUAUAAGUAAUAAAAAUGAAUUAAAUAAUUUAAAAUCUGAUAAAUAUUUUGAAAUAUAUAAUCAAAUGAAAAAGCGGAAAGAUCAUCUGAAGAAAAAAGUUAAAAGACAAACUACCAAUAAAGGAAAGGAAAAUGUACAUAUCAGAAAGAAUGAAAUAAAAUUCAAUAAUACAGAAGUUACUACAGACAAUAGUUUACAUGUUUCAAAAAGAAGUAUGAAUGACACAGGGAACUCAACUAUUCCUGGUAUGGCAGACUGGGAGGCUAUUUUACAGAUGGAAUACUCUAAAGACCCACAGUGGGCCCUGGUAUGUGUGGUAUUUGUUGUUACCUUAGUAUUAGUAGGUGUAUGGUACUGUGGGAUGUGUAAGAACAAACACACGGAAUACAUUGAUCCAGUAGUUACACAUAAUCUCAAACCAGAGUUUGUUAAAGAUGUAGUGAUGCGUAAAGCAAGAUUUCUGGCAUGGUUCAAGUAUUUAAAAAGUAGAAGAAAGCAUGAACAGCAGAAAGCUGAAACUGAAGCCUUGUUGUCUUGUAGUCAUGGUAGUGAAGAAGAUCUUUUUGAUCAAACAGAUAUGUCUGCUUUUUAGGGCAUUUAAUGUUUAAGAGGGGUAAAAGAAUUAAGAAUUAUACUAUUUAAAACAUCUUACAUUAUUAUAUUAUACAUUUUAUUAAAUAAUGUAUAUUAACUGAUGUUACAUUUUCAGUUAACAAAAAUGUGAUACCUUAUUUUCAGUUGGUUUUUGGGCUCUCAGCUUAAUUUAAAAGAUAAUAAAUACGAAAUUUAACAGGAAAUCCCCAAAAAUAUUGAACAGUAGGUAACAUAUAAGAUCAACCAACAUUACCUGUCCUUCUAGUUAAUGCCAAUUCAGAAAUAAACAUACGUGCUGGUUGAAAGGCCUUUUAAUUUAUUUUCAUCAAUGUAUAAAGUUGAUUAUUUCUGUAUUUCUUAGAACACAUUUUUUUGCAGAUCAAAAUAUGAUUUAAUGUGCCUUAAUACUUUACAACUAAAUAUCUGAAAUAUCCCCUUAGUCAUCAGUGAUAUUUUAAAUUUUAUAUUGUGAAUUCCAGAAUGACAAUGUUCAUUUAUUUAUUUUUCUUCUUUUUUCACCUGAUUACAUGGUCAGGCUAAGUUUCAGGAAAGUCGGUGACUGUGCGUGCUGACCCCCUAUAUGAAAUGGUUGGUGGUUACAGAGAAUUGCACUCAAUUAUAUCUAUUUUGAGAUUUCAUCAAAACUGUAAAAAACUAAUUGAUGAAUAUUAUAAAUAUUGAAAACCAUUACUAGUCUCAUCAUACAUGUACUAUUUUAACGUUAGCAGAAAUGUUAUAUCAAUUGUUUAGCAGGUCAAGACCACUAGAAUUCUGUCGUCAGAAUACAUUUGCCUAGUAAUUCAGCAAAUACAAAAUGUAAACAUGCCCCAUAGAAAUUAACCAAUCAACACACUGAAUAACAUUGCAUUGUGGGCUUUUAGGAGUUGAUUAUCAUUUCACAAUUGUUGGACAUGGUAAAAAAGUGUCUGGGGGGGGGGGGGGGGCCUUGGUAGCCAAGUGGUCUAAGUAGUUCAGCUAAUAGUUCACGAGCCUUUCAACACUGAGGUUGUGAGUUUGAACCCUGCACUUAUCUGGUGCAUUCAACUUCAAUCUUAUUUGACUAGGAUUGUCAGUUUUCCUACUGAAGGCCGUGGUUCCUCUCCGGUCACUCCAGCUUCCUCCAUCAACAAAAACUGACCGCCAAUAAAUAGCCAAUAGUGCUGAAAGUGGCCUUAAACACCAAUCAAUUAAUUAACCAAUCAUAAAGAGUCCUUUUUGUUGCGCCUUCAACAUUUUGUUGCAGAAGCGACAUAGUUGUCCUUUAUUCUGUCGUUGGAAUUGUUGUUGUCAACAUUUAUGUUCUGUCUGCAGUUAAAUUUUUUUUUCAAAAUCAAUAACUUUACUUACUGGGAAAAAAAAUUAGAUCCCAUAUAUGUAUAUAAUUGGAUUUGAAGAAUGAAAAUAUAAGUGAAUUAUACAAUUUUUCAGUUGCAUCAACAAACAUGGCCACUGGUGCUCAAAAUAAAACAGGGGUAAGAUACAAAUACUAUAAUAGAAAGAGAGAAAGUGUAAAAGCAAACAUAUUCAGUAAAAUAGGAUCUACAAAUAACCAGAAUAGCACAAUCUUCAAUUGAUCCCUAAAAGAGUUAUUGUACAUUAAGAGGAUUUUAGCUGUUUUUUUCAAUAAAUCGUAAUAGAUAGAGAUAAACUGUAAGUAGCAAAAAUGCCUUAUUAUUUCAAACAUUGGGUUAAAAUCGGAAUUUUUAAACAUACCUAUAUUUAAUCAUUAUUCAGAAUAAUACAGUGUGGUUAAAAACUAAAGGAACGCAUGAGAAUAUAACCAUUCCUGUUCCACCUAUGAACAUAAAUUAAGUAAAAGUAAACAGAAUGUUGUGGACCUCAGUAACUUUAUUAAACAUUAAAUUAUUUUCAAUUUAUUCAAACAUUUAAUUUUACUUCGUUGAUAAAUAAUAUAAAUUUCAAUGUUGUAAAAUCCAAUGUUUGAAUAAAUUGUUGGUUGAUUAUAUAAGUUUCAAAGUAGUAAAAUAAAAAGUUUGAAUAAAAUGCAAAUUAUUCUAUUUUUACCCUAAAACAAAGUCAAGAAAUAAUUACAACACCAUGGUAAACAUAUGACACUUACGGUAUGCAAGUAUGCAGACAAUUCAGAAAUUUUCAAGGAAUAAAAGUAUUUUGUUGCUCUUCAAUACAUAAAAAGAUCUUACAGUGACCUAUACUAGAUUAUAUCCAUGUCUCUUUGGCAAUCAUACCACAUCUCCUUAUUAUAAGCCGUCAAUUUUUGAUGGGACGUAUUAUGGUAUACAAAUGUCCGGUGUCCGUCCGUCGGUCCGUCCGUCCGUCUGUCCGUCUGUCUGUCCGGCGUAAACAUGUCGCACCGUAACUUGAGAAUGACUUAUCCAAAUUUCAUGAAACUUAACAUAGUUGUUUCUUAUGAUGGUCAAACGAUCUGUAUACUUUUUGGUGAAAAUAAGAUUAAAACUUUUUGAGUUACGGGACUUAGUAACUAAAACUGGUGUGUGUUUUUUUUCACAUGUCGCGCCGUAUCUCAAAAACAAUUUAUAAUUAUUGCUUAAAACUUUACACACUUCUUAGCUAUAUUAAUCUUAAGAUCUGUAUACUUUUUGGUGAUGAUUCAAAAUUUUAUUUUAGAGAUAUUGAGUAUUUUGUUAAAAAAGGGGGAGGGGUUUUUCACAUGUCGUGCCGUAUCUCAAAAACAGUUUAUGAUUAUUGCUUAAAACUUUACACACUUCUUAGUUAUAUUAACCUUAAGAUCUGUAUACUUUUUGGUGAUGAUUCAAAAUUUUAUUUUUGAGUUAUUGAGUAUUUUGUAAAAAAAGGGGGAGGGGUUUUUCACAUGUCAUGCCGUAUUUCAAAAACGAUUUAUGAUUAUUGCUUAAAAUUUUACACACUUCUUAGUUAUAUUAAUCUAAAGAUCUGUAUACUUUUUGGUUUUGAUUCAAAUUUUAUUUUUGAGAUAUUGAUUUUUUUUUUAAAAGGGGGGUUUUCACAUGUCGCGCCAUAUCUCAAAAACGAUUUAUGAUUAUUGCUUAAAAUUUUACACACUUCUUAGUUAUAUUGAUCUAAAGAUCUGUAGACUUUUUGGUUUUGAUUCAAAAUUUUAUUUUUGAGAUAUUGAUUUUUUUUUUUAAAAGGGGGGGUUUUCACAUGUCGCGCCGUAUCUCAAAAACGAUUUAUGAUUAUUGCUUAAAAUUUUACACACUUCUUAGUUAGUAUGUCCGUCUGUCUGUCCGGUGUAAACAUGUCGCACCGUAACUUGAGAAUGACUUAUCCAAAUUUCAUGAAACUUAACAUAGUUGUUUCUUAUGAUGGUCAAACGAUCUGUAUACUUUUUGGUGAAAAUAAGAUUAAAACUUUUUGAGUUACGGGACUUAGUAACUAAAACAGGUGUGUGUUUUUUUUUCACAUGUCGCGCCCCAUCUCAAAAACAAUUUAUGAUUAUUGCUUAAAACUUUACACACUUCUUAGUUAUAUUAAUCUAAAGAUCUGUAUAUUUUUUGGUUUUGAUUCAAAAUUUUAUUUUAGAGGUAUUGAGUUUUUUGUAAAUAAAAAAGGGGGAUUUUUGCCUGUCACGCCGUAUGUCAGAAACUAUUUAUGCUUAUUGCAUAAAAAUUCACACACAAGACGAUGGGCGUAUCAUGCGCUCAUGGCGCAGCUGUUUAUUUUUAUAUUGAUAUGGAAUAAGUUAAAGUUUCUUGUAGGUUUAAAUCUAAUGGUGUAUAAUAAUAUAUCAUAUCAGCUGAGACAUAUAAUUGUACUAUAUGUCUCUAAUAACAUAUACAUUUAGUUAAUAUACAUGUAUUUAGCUGAUAAAUUAUUUAGAUUGUGAAAGAAGUUAUAUAAUAAACUGUUAUAUAUAUAUAUAGUCAACAUAGAAUUGACCAAAGAAAUGUAUAUUUUGUUGAAGAAUAUAUUUAUGAAAAAAAUGCUUUAUUUUUGUUUUAUUUAUCCACCGAGUUGAAUGGAAAAGAAAGUCAGAACAAAUGUAUUUCAAUGAUAUUAAAUCAGCAACUUUGUAAGCAG